AGGCGACCCACAUGCUGCUCUACCUGAACAAGGCGACGUGGGCCGGCGAGGGCGCCGAGGCGCUCGCAGAGCAGGUGCGCGCCGCGCGCGAGGCCAGGCUGCCGAUCGUCAUGGCGCACGAGAAUGAUGCCGUCCGCGGCGGCUGCAUCUUUGCCCACUUUUUCGAGGUGACGCCGCGCGACCUGAUCGCCGAUGGGCUGUACCAUGACCUCGCCGUCGGCUGCCACGCUGGCCCGCACCGGCAGGUGUCGAUAGCCCUCCUCGCACAGGCGCUCGGCGCGACCAAGCAGACGGCUCAGUCGCGCGUUCGCCGCGUCACCGCCCUCGCUCGAACGACGCAGCCCCGCGGCUCCUCUUCAAAGAUGGAGCCGUGUCGGUCGAGUGGCGAGGACGAAGAGUCGGCAGCGCCGCAUGCCCAGAUGAGCCAGAUCGUCUGACCACCACCAUUUCGCACCACCACCUCCACGCAUGUUCACUAGCUAGCACUGGAAUGUAGAUUUUGUGCUCCCCGUUCUCCCUGCCUGUCUGCGCCUGCGGUCCCACCCGUUCUCCCUGCCUGUCUGCGCCUGCGGC